AUGAGUGAUGGCGCGCAUACAAGCAUCAGUCACAAUAAUAACAAUGAAUCAGCGGACGCAGGACCUAGAAAUACAGAAAUCAGACUGCAUGAAUUAAAUAUGAUAGAUGGGGAGGUGAGCAAUAGUUAUCAGAAUGAAAUGGAAAAGUUUGAAAAUGCGAAUCAAACAGCACACAUCCCAGAAAUGAGUCAAGAAAUGUUAAAUAAGACUCAGAAAAUAACAAAGCAAAACUUAAGAAAGAAAAAAACUGCUAGAAAAGAGACUGAUAAAGAGUUUAACCAGGAUGAAGUCAAAAAUGUGACUACAGGAAAACAAUUGAAAGAUCCAAAAAAAAGAAGAAAGAAGCCUAUACCAGAAAACCCUCAAAAUCGACAAAAUCAAUCUUUAAAUGAAAAGCGAAGAAAAACAAAGAAACCGCGCAAUAAGCGAAAGAAGAAAACAGACAAGACAUUGAGUCAAUCAGAAGAUGGGAAAACAACCCAAAAAUUAGAAAGUAUUGACUAUUCUACAGAAAAUGCAUUUACUGAAAUAUUAACGUCAGUUACAAAAAAAUAUGAAAACCAGAUAAAUACUGAAAGUACCAAAGAUGAAGGAGAGAAAUUCUCGGAAAAAUUAGAGAUGGAAACCAAAGAACAGCAGAAGAUAACCUCUGACACGGAAGGUGGAGUAACAGAAAGCAAUCAGUACUCGUCAGUAGAUUAUGUUCGGAAAAGUGAGAAUCCUGGAGAAAAUAUAACUGCUCAUCAUAAAGAGACAGAGACAGAUCAAUCUAACGAGGACGAGUUGAGUGCGACAACAGAAUUGGGGAGUGCAAAACAAAGCGAAAACCAGCAGGAAAUGUCGAAUGAGAAAGUGACUGAAGACAUUGAAAAAAAUAACCAACGAAUAGAAACAGAAGGCGAAGAAAUCGAAAAAAAUGGCGACACAACAAUGAGUGUGGAUUACAAAAACAACGAAAAGAAUUUAAUGAGUGCAACAACAGAUGUUCAGGACAAUAGGCAGACACAAAGUCAGACAAUUAUAUCGCCACAUACAGAGCAAAAUACAAAAGAAGUGUGCCUAUCACUGGAAUUGGAGGUGGACAAAAAUGACAAACCAAAAAACAACAGUGAAGAAACCAACAGGAAAACACAGGAAUGCUGGAGAGUGCCAAAAAAGGUAGAAAAAAAUAGGAAAGAAAAUGGACCAGAUAAAAAAACAAGCUGCUAUAAAGCAUUCGACAGAGACGUCACAAUAUGUGAUAAAAUAUACGACAAUUACAAACAGGAGAAUAAGAAUCAGAAAACAAUAGAAAACGAGGCAGAGGCGACAGAGAAAGACGGAUGGAAAAACACGACAGAAGAAGAGAAACAAGAACACACAACGAAUCUAACAAAGGAAAAAACACAAAAUAACGAGAGUGAACAGGAAAAACAAACAGAAAGAAGUAAAGAAUAUAAGGAAGAGAAAAAGGAAGAGAAGACGGGGAAGGAGGGAGAAGAGAGUGAUGAGAUGCAGGAGACGCGGAAUGAGACGUAUACAGAAGAAGAGACGGUGACAAUUCACCAGUCGGAGUUAGGAGGCGAUGACCGGUCAACUUCGCCUCUUGAAUCAAUGGGUAACCGAGACACGCAACACAACCAGACAUUAGAGCUGGAGGACACGUCACCAGAAAUCGUAACUCUUCAACCAGUCACCAUACCACCUUUGAUUGUGAAUGUUCUGAGGCCAGAAUCUGUUCCAGAUGAAAAUCAACCUGUUGGCACUGGUGACUACGCAGAUGGACCCACAGAUCAAUCUGUGAAUGAAGAAGACAAGGUGGAAGCUGAAGCAAGCGUGUCACAACCUCAUGGCCACCACCAGAGAACUCCUGAUGGAGAGGACACAGACGAGAAUGUGGAGGGAGUGACUGAGCACCAGAUUGUGGACAUACUCACGGAGUUAACAGACAGCACGUUGGCGGAGGGAGGUAAGAGCGAUACACAAGUUGUGUAUACAGUCAAUAUUACUGAUGGUGAUGAUGACAGUGUCAAUGAGACAGAAAAGGCUGUGGCAAUAGAUAAAGAACUUGAGGAAGAGAAGAAGGAUGAGAAGACGGGGAAGGAGGGAGAAGAGAGUGAUGAGAUGAAGGAGACGCGGAAUGAGACGUAUACAGAAGAAGAGGCGGUGACAAUUCACCAGUCGGAGUUAGGAGGCGAUGACCGGUCAACUUCGCCUCUUGAAUCAAUGGGUAACCGAGACACGCAACACAACCAGACAGUAGAGCUGGAGGACACAUCGCCAGAAAUCGUAACUCUUCAACCAGUCACCAUACCACCUUUGAUUGUGAAUGUUCUGAGGCCAGAAUCUGUUCCAGAUGAAAAUCAACCUGUUGACACUGGUGACCACCCAGAAGAACCCACAGAACAAUCUGUGAGUGAAGAGGACAAGGUGGAAGCUGAAGCAAGCGUGUCACAACCUCAUGACCACCACCAGAGAACUCCUGAUGGAGAGGACACAGACGAGAAUGUGGAGGGAGUGACUGAGCACCAGAUUGUGGACAUAGUCACGGAGUUAACAGAAAGCAAGUUGGUGGAGGGAGGUGAGAGUGACACACAAGUUGUGCAUACAGUCAAUAUUAUUGAUGAUGUUGAUGGCAGUGUCAGGGAGACAGAGAAGGCGAUAGCAAUAGAUAAAGAGUUUGUGACGGAGAAGGAGGAUGAGAUGAGUUUUUCAACUUCAAUUCCUUCUGAUUCGUAUGUUUUGAAGUCUGGUGUCAAUGUUUCACUUGUUAAUCACUGUUUCAUGCCUAGUUAUUCGUUAGGUUACUAUUUCCAGUUUCAUUUCAAAUCUCCUAACCAUUCUGUUUCAAAUACGUAUGAUGAUUUUUCAAAAGUCUAUUCCACUUUCUCACAAUUAAUGUUCACUCGCAUUCAUAAUAAAUUUUGUAUUUUUGUAAGUUUACCACCAAGUAAUACUGAUAUAUGCAAUGACUGUUUUAAACUUCCUGUCUCAUUAACUUCGAAAACUGUAUUUUCUACUCUGCAUUCAAUGAUAUCCACCUGUAAUUUGAAUUAUGCUGUCUUUAUUUCGAUGUCAUCUUUGGAUUUCUUAGAUAUUUCUUAUUCCAGUUUGGGUUCUCAACCUCGUUUCACUUCGAAAUCUAGAAAAUCUCGGCAUAUAUUCCAUGACUUUUCUAAAUAA